AUUGACUGACGAUGGAUAGACUGAUAGUUUCAUUCAAAAUUCGAUUCUAUAUUUAGACAAUCCCAAAGAUACUCCUAAACAAAUUUUGUGUUUGAAUUAAUUUUUAAGUUAACCCUCGGACAAAUUAGAACUGACAAUUUACUCUUCUUUCUUCCAGUUUUCUUCGAGCCAACGGACAUGCGAAUUGCCUCCAGACCGUUCCAACUAUCACCGACUAGCUUCAAAGUUAUCCGCUUUAUCACACCAAAUUUAUAUGAACUACGAGACAUUGCCAAGACUCUAGGCUAUUCAGGAACCAUCCGCAAAGUUGAAGUGGAAAAUGUCGCCGAUCCGCGCAAGCUACUCGAGGAAGUGCACGAACUGGCGACAUUCGUUACUCGCUACGUGGACAAUGUAAUCGUCACACUGGGCAGCCACGGAGUGGCGAUCAUUCGCCGCACCUCGGAAAAGAAACCAUUUUUCGAUCGAAAAGGUCACUAUCUGAAGCCCGCUUCGGCAACAGAGGACGGCACAUUCCAGUCACGAUUCUACCGAGCUCGACCAUUGCAGCAGAUCGUGAACGUUUCCGGAGCAGGUGACAGCUUCUGCAGCGGAUUCAUAGCGGCCAUGUUGGACGGCCAACCGGAGUCGGUUUGUGUUAAUGUGGGCUUCGAGGCAGCCUGCUGUGCGCUCGGUUCGAAGGGGGCCGUAGCCGAACGUUACUUCGAUCGGGAACAUUCCUGCUGGCAAGCUACAAGCGGGGCUGCUUUUAUCACUUUCCAAUAGAACCCGGUAGGUAGGCGUCGGUCAAUGCGGGUCUGGGCUUUGCGGUGGAAGUAAGGCCCGUGAGAAUAAGGGUUUUUUCGUAUUUUUUUAAAGCCAAUUGCAUUUAAGAUAGCUGGUGACAACAAUGGAAUAAUAACGUCGCUAUUAUCUUUCA